UAGCGGCAUGUGCCGACCCUGCGCUAAGAAGCGGGAACUUGGAAUUUGGAUCGGUUGGGUUUAAUGCCGGGUUCUGCCCCUCCUGACACGUGCUCUGAACAUGUCGGGGGAUGGGGAGGAAAGCUCGAGGUCCGUGUGACAACACUUGGUCUUGGGGUUAAAUAAAGAAGCAUGAGCUGCUGCAGAACACCUUGAGAAGCAGAGCUGUCAAUCACCUGUCUUAUCCGUGUUGCAGAUCUGUGGACUACAGCUGGAAGCAUGCGGAUUGUCAGCUGGAAUAUCAAUGGCAUUCGGGCUACACGUACCAGCCUUAAAGAAAUCCUGGACUCGCUGGAUGCCGAUAUUAUCUGUUUGCAGGAGACUAAAGUCACCAGGGAUCUGUUAGAUGAACCCACUGCUAUAGUAGAGGGAUAUAACUCUUACUUCAGCUUUAGCCGUGUGAGGAGUGGGUACUCAGGAGUUGCAACGUUUUGCAAAGCAACCACAACACCAUGGGCAGCAGAAGAAGGUCUCUCCGGGAAACUAAAUACUCACAAGGAAGCCAUCGGCUGUUACGGGAACACAGAGGAGUUUUCAGAGGAAGAACUGAUGUCUCUAGACCAAGAAGGAAGAGCAGUUCUCACACAGCACAAGAUCCGCGCGUCUGAUGAUAAAGAGGAGAUUGUUACCGUGAUUAACGUUUACUGCCCGCGUGCUGAUCCAGAGAAACCGGAGCGCAAAUCCUACAAACUACGCUUCUAUCGCCUGCUUCAGAUACGAGCCGAGGCCAUUCUGCAGUCAGGAGGGCAUGUGAUAAUUUUGGGAGAUGUGAACACCUCACACAAGCCAAUUGACCACUGUGACCCAAGCGACCUGGAAGCCUUUGAGGAGAACCCUGGUCGUCAGUGGCUAAGCCAAUUUCUUGAUGAGCCUGUUGCAGCACAAGUAGGGAAUGGAGAUCCAGUAAUUUAUUCACAAAAAGGACACUUUUAUGACACUUUCAGGUACUUUCACCCCACUCAGAAAAACGCAUUUACUUGCUGGUGUUCAGCCUCUGGGGCACGGCAAACCAAUUAUGGCACACGCAUAGACUACAUUCUAGGUGAUAAAAGACUUGUUGAGACACAGUUCUCGAAUUCCAUAAUAAUGCCAGAGGUGGAAGGAUCGGACCAUUGUCCCGUUAAAGCUUUUAUGAAAUGCCAACCAUUAGGAGCAACCAAGUGUCCUCCUCUCUGCACCAAAUUUCUCCCGGAGUUUGCUGGUCGGCAACAGAAGCUGUCCCAGUUUCUGGUCAGAAAACACAGAGAUUUGGGGCAUACAUUUGGAGAGGUUUCAGACUCCCAGACGCCAUCUGAAACAACUGAAGCGGUGAUUGUUCGUAAGCGGGUGCUAGAAAAGAACGUCAAUACAGGAAAAAAGACUAAACUGAGUGGGAAGGGGGGUCAGGGAAGCCUUUUGGGUUUUUUUAAGCCGGCAACAGCCAAACCAAAUUUAACAGAGGGACAAUUGACCAGCAACUCAUUGCUUGCUGACCAGAAAAACAUAAAAGAUGCUGUCCCGCAGGACUCUAUUUCCAUUCCUAUCAUCCCUAAAGACACACAACCACAAGCAGCCUUCUGGAAGUCAUUGCUGAAGGGACCCCCGCCGCCACCCAACUGUAAGGGCCAUGGGGAGCCCUGUGUGCUGCGGACAGUGAAGAAGGCAGGUCCCAACUGUGGCCGUCAGUUCUAUGUCUGUGCGAGACCCGACGGUCACUCAUCCAACCCACAGGCGCGUUGUAACUACUUCCUCUGGGUCAACAAGAAGACUGGCCCCGAAAACUGAUGUGAAUUAAAGGAUCUGUAUUGCUUCAACUUAUGUUCACCUUUAAAUUGUAUUUAAAGUAGUUCCAAAUAUGUUCCUUUUUCCCCUACUGUUUUCAAUACCUGCUGGCUUAAACGUUUGAGAGGUUCUUACAGUAAUAAAAGACAGAACAGCAUCAUCACUUUU